AUGAACCAACAAGAGGACUUUGAGCUUGCUCCUAUUGAUCCCGAGAUUGAACGCACAUUCCGAAGAAGAAGAAGGGUUCAAAAGGCUAAGGGCCGAGACAUCAUGGCUGAGAAUUUUGAUAAUGAUGGGGUUGCUCCACAAAUUGUUAAUCCCAUCAUAUUGGCAGAUGAUCGAGCAAGGGCUAUAAGGGAGUAUGCAGCCCCCAUGUUUAAUGAGCUCAAUCCAGGCAUUGUGAGGCCUGAAAUACAAGCACCGCAGUUUGAGCUCAAGCCAGUGAUGUUUCAAAUGCUCCAAACCGUGGGUCAAUUCAGCGGGAUGCCAACUGAGGAUCCUCACCUUCAUCUCCGUUCAUUUUUGGAGGUGAGUGAUUCUUUCAAGAUCCAAGGAGUGAGUGAAGAGGUGUUAAGGCUGAAGCUAUUCCCAUUCUCACUACGAGACCGAGCUAGAUCAUGGCUCAACACUUUGCCGCCUGAUUCUGUGACCAAUUGGAAUGACCUUGCUGAGAAGUUUCUGAGGAAAUACUUUCCUCCUACUAGAAAUGCAAAAUUCAGAACUUCUCGAAUGGUGUUAGAUGCAUCGGCCAAUGGUGCUAUUUUGUCGAAGUCUUACAAUGAAGCAUUUGAGAUUUUGGAGACCAUUAAUCAUCCUAAUUUGUCUUGGGGAGGUCAAGGAGCAAGCUCAAGUACCGCACCAGCCCAAGGAAGACAAGCAUAUCCACCGGGUUUUUCACAACAACCCCGACAUUCACAACAUGCUCAAAAUGCCCAACCAAGUUCUUUGGAGAGUUUAAUGCGGGAUUAUAUGGCCAAAAAUGAUGCGGUGAUACAAAGUCAAGCUGCCUCUCUUCGAAACUUAGAGUUGCAACUUGGACAUUUGGCCAAUGAAUUAAAAGCUAGGCCGCAAGGUUCUUUGCCUAGUGACACGGAGAAUCCAAGGAGGGAUGGGAAGGAGCAAUGCAAAUCCAUUCACUUGAGGAGUGGCAAGCAUCUGAAAAAUUCCGAGGAGGAAAUAAAGGGUAGUGGGGAGCCCACUUCAAUCCAAAACGACGAAAAAUUGAGUAAAAAAACUGCCCAGGAAAUUGCUGAUACCAGACCAGUUGAUACAGCAUCGGGUCAGCAAUCUGACAGUCAGCAAUCCGCACCAGUAUGUACUAAACCACCCCUUCCAUUUCCUCAAAGAUUUCGGAAACAGCAGCAAGAUGGGCAAUUCAAGAAGUUUUUAGAUGUGUUGAAACAGCUCCAUAUCAAUAUUCCCUUGGUAGAAGCGCUAGAGCAAAUUCCAAAUUAUGUCAAGUUCUUAAAAGAUAUUUUGACAAAGAAAAGGAGGCUUGGCGAGUUUGAAACAGUCGCUUUGACCGAGGGCUGUAGCGCUAUGUUGAAGAAUAAAAUUCCACCUAAAUUGAAAGAUCCGGGCAGCUUUACAAUUCCAAUUUCUAUUGGGGGACGGGAUGUUGGAAGAGCUCUUUGUGAUUUGGGAGCUAGUAUUAAUCUCAUGCCCAUGUCUAUUUUCAAGAAGUUGGGAAUUGGAGAAGCAAGGCCAACCACCGUCACUUUGCAACUAGCGGAUCGUUCCAUGGCUCAUCCGGAUGGAAAAAUUGAAGAUGUUUUGGUACAAGUAGAUAAGUUCAUCUUUCCGGCGGACUUCAUUAUUCUUGACUAUGAGGAAGAUAGGGAAGUUCCAAUCAUUUUAGGGAGGCCAUUUCUUGCCACGGGAAGGACUUUGAUAGAUGUUGAAAAAGGAGAGCUCACCAUGAGAGCUCAAGAUGAGCAAGCCACAUUCAAGUUUUCCAUCCCAUACGUGGCCCGGAUGCAAUAG